CCGGAAACUGAUGCCAUAGGCGAAGCUACUACAACUCCCAUAAUGCCUUGCAAUGUUUUGGUAACGUUUGUCGGCUGUGUGUGCGCGCUGAUACUGCUGGAAUUUGUAGUUCUCUUGAUGCUUUUUUGACACAAGGAAAUCAACACAUGGACAAUAUCACCCACAAUUCUGUGUUUUUGUAUUUGUACGUUGACUUUAAACACUGAUGACAGCUCAGUAUGGAGGCAGUUUUAGCCAAGUAUGAAAACCAGAUCAACGUGUUCUCUGAAUUCCUUGAAGAUUUACCAGACACUGAAGGUCCAGUGUGGCUUUUAGGAGAAUCUUAUAAUGUUAAAACAGGCUGUGAGAGGGCAAAGCCUGAUAGUUUUGGGUUUGUGCUGAUCACAUUAUAUUUCUGGCCUUCAGGAGGAACAGGUCCAUCGUCAGACACCGGCUGGGGCUGCAUGCUGCGCUGUGGGCAGAUGAUCCUGGCACAGGCCCUCAUCUGCAGCCAUCUUGGAAGAACAUGGAGGUGGCUGAGAGACAGAAGUCAACCAGCAGAGUACCAGCGCAUCCUCCACUGCUUUCUAGACAGAAAAGAUAGCUGUUACUCAAUUCACCAGAUGGCUCAGAUGGGAGUGGGCGAGGGUAAAUCUGUUGGACAGUGGUACGGGCCGAACACAGUAGCACAAGUCCUCAGGAAACUCACACUGUUUGAUGAUUGGAGCUCUUUAGCUGUUUAUGUGUCGAUGGACAACACGGUAGUGAUCGAAGACAUCAAGAAGCAGUGUCAUCAGGAUGUGAGGCCCAGUCGAUGUAUCUGUGGUGGGGUUGAUGUUUCAACAUCCAGUGAUUCAUCGCAUGUCCGUGAGCAGCUCCAGGCUCUGUGUCCUGUCUCACAUUCCCAACAGAAUUCCCAGCAUUCCCAGGACUGGAGGCCUCUGCUGCUGCUCAUCCCACUGCGCAUGGGCAUCAACAACAUCAACCCCAUCUACAUCCAGGCCCUGAAAGAAUGUUUUAAGAUGCCUCAGUCAUGUGGAGUUCUUGGUGGAAAACCCAACCUGGCUUAUUACUUUAUCGGAUUUCUAGAUGAUGAGCUGAUUUAUCUGGACCCUCACACCACCCAGUCAGCUGUGGACUCAGAGACGGAGCUCGGGGUGGAUGAUCAGAGCUACCACUGCCAGAGGAGUCCUCAUCGCAUGAAGAUGGAGUGCCUGGACCCGUCUGUAGCUCUGGGUUUCUUCUGUAAGAGUGAGGACGACUUUGACAGCUGGUGUAAUCAGGUUCAGCAGGAAAUCCUGAAGAAGCGAAACUUGCGAAUGUUUGAGUUGGUGGAGAAACAUCCGUCUCACUGGCCUCCGUUCAUUCCUCCGACUAAACCUGAGGUGCAGACCACAGGAGCAGAGUUCAUCGAGUCCACAGAGAAACUGUUUGAGUCUGAGGAGGAGUUUGAGAUCCUGAAUGCUUAAACUCCACAACUUAACCUUCAUGCAAUCAAAGGAAGCUGAUUGGGCUGAAACCUCAGAUCAACCUCAGUGUUCAACUUCUCCACACCGUAAAAGUGCCUCAGAUCAACACCAAGCACAGACAAAUAAAUAAACAACAAAGAUACACCAGGACCUAAAGAGCUGGGAACGCUGAGCUGAAGGACGGAGAGGGUGAAGCUCUCAAUUAGAACAAGCCAAGGAUUACUGUAGCCACUGUGUGUGUGUGUGUGUGUGUGUGUGUGUGUGUGUGUGUGUGUGUGUGUGUGUAUAAAAUGACUUGGAGAAUUCUCAGGUUGAAUGAACUGCAUUGUACUGUAUCACAACAUCGCCUACUGCACAGGACCUGUUAGAGAACAAGCAUGGAGUUGAUGAGGAUGAUGAUGAUGCUGCCACAGCCUCAACACACACACACACACACAGUUAAAAUGUGUCCAUCAUAAACAGAGUUAAAUAAUAAAUAAAUUCAUUUUUUUAAUUGUGCAUUUAUAUAAAUAUGCUUGAAAAUAAAAAAAUAUUUAAUGCAGCUUUUCUGCAGGUUUGUAAAGCAUCUGUAAAAAAAAUGAAACUUUCAAAAUGAAAUGAAACAAUAAGCAUUUCGUCUUCACCA